AUGACUCCAAGUUUCUACUGUUAGAUUAUCUUCAAAUCAAACUCCCCAUCUCAAAAUGGGAAACUGUCUUUCAAUCACGGGUCCUUCUCCUGAAGUUUUAUCAGAGAAGAUUCUCAAAGCACUUCCCGUUGAAACUCCUUUCAAGUUUCCCUCACCACUGCCUACUUGGCCUCAAGGUAACGGGUUUGCGAAACGAACCAUUGACUUAGGAGGUCUUGAGGUUAGCCAAGUUUCGACAUUCAAGAAGGUUUGGUCCACUUAUGAAGGAGGACCAGACAACCUUGGAGCAACCUUCUAUGAACCAUCAUCGGUCCCUUCCGGUUUCUCAAUCCUAGGUUACUACGCUCAACCAAACAACCGUCAACUAUUCGGAUGGGUACUCACAGCUAGAGAUCUCUCAAGCAACACCUUGAAACCACCUAUAGAUUAUACCCUCGUAGCAAACACCGAGUCACUCAAGAUCAAACAAGACGGACCUGGCUACAUCUGGCAACCCGUCCCGCCUGAUGGAUACCAAGCCGUUGGACUAGUAGUCACAACCACCUCACAAAAGCCUCCUCUAGACAAACUACGUUGUGUUCGGUCUGACUUAACCGAACAAUGUGAGGCUGAUACAUGGAUAUGGGGAACAAACGGAGUCAACGUAACGAAUCUAAGACCGAACAUUAGAGGAACACAAGCUACAGGAGUCUGUGUCGGAACAUUCACAUGGCAACCUCAAAACUCAUCUCCUCCAUCUUUAUCUUGCUUGAGGAACACGAAACUAAACUUCUCUACAAUGCCAAAUGGGUCCCAAAUCGAAGUCUUGUUCAACACGUAUUCUCCAUUGAUCUAUCUCCACCCAGACGAAGAAUACCUAACUUCCUCCGUUAACUGGUACUUCAGCAACGGUGCCUUGCUUUAUAAGCAAGGUCAAGAAUCAAACCCUAACCCUAUCGAACCCAACGGAACAAACCUUCCACAAGGCGGAGCUAACGACGGAUCAUACUGGCUAGACCUUCCUAGAGACAAAAAGGGUAAAGAGAGAGUCAAGAAAGGUGACUUGCAGAACACGAAAGCGUAUCUCCACGUCAAACCAAUGCUGGGAGCAACGUUCACUGACAUAGCCGUCUGGCUAUUCUACCCUUUCAAUGGUCCCGCACGUGCCAAAGUCAAGAUCAUCAACCUCCCGUUAGGGAGAAUAGGUGAGCACAUCGGUGACUGGGAACACGUGACGUUACGUAUAAGCAAUUUCACCGGAGAGCUAUGGAGAGUGUUCUUGUCUCAGCAUAGCGGAGGAGUUUGGCUCGAAGCUUGUGACUUAGAGUUCCAAGGAGGAGGAAGCAACAAGCCUGUGGCGUACGCGUCGCUUCACGGACACGCAAUGUAUGCAAAACCUGGACUUGUGUUGCAAGGAGACGAUGAUGUUGGGAUAAGGAACGAUACGGCGAAGAGUAAGAAGGUGGUUGAUACAGGGUUAGGUUACGAGGUGGUUGCGGCGGAGUAUGAAGGAGGAGGGGUGGUGGAGCCGCCGUGGUUGAAUUAUUAUAGGAAAUGGGGACCUAAGAUUGAUUAUAGCGUUGAUGAUGAUGUUAAGAGAGUUGCGAGGUUAUUGCCUGGAGCUUUGAAAAAGGCUUUUGUAAACUUUGCGAAGAAAAUUCCUGAUGAAGUUUAUGGUGAAGAUGGGCCUACUGGGCCUAAACUCAAGGGAAACUGGGCUGGUGAUGAAAAGUGAUUGAUUUUAUUAUCCCCUUUAGUUUUCAUGAAACCUGUUUGGUUUGAUUCUUUGUAAUCUAUAGCAGAUUCUUGGUAUGUCUAAUGUAAAAAGUUAUGCUAACAUUCUAUUUGGUUUGUCUAUAGAAUAAAAAAUAUACUUUGU